UAGGCCUACAUUAGUUUCUCUUUCAUUUUACAUUGCACGUAGGCUUCUGUAAUGUCACAACAUCGAUACUGUGGUAUUUAAGGUAAAUGUAAAAAAAAUUGAGCGUUUUGAUACACUGUGGGCUGUUAAACAUAUUUACCUGAUAUUGACUAUAGGUGUUGAACUUCUCCUUCGCUUCUCUAUGACGGCGUGUCAUGGAUUUGAUGCAAGAAAUGAAUGUUUGCAGUCCCACAGUUCUCAAAAACAGACUCUGGAAUUUCUUCCAUUAACUGGAGUCUCACACACGUGUCCUUACAGACGCUUUUGUGUGGAUCUCUGUUUAUCUGUGCCUCGAAAUGGCAGAAGCCAGCAUUUCUGUGGAGCAGUUGACAUGUCAGGUGUGUCUGGAUCUAUUGAACGAUCCCGUAACUGUUCCCUGUGGACACAAUUACUGUAUGAGCUGUAUUAACGACUGCUGGGAUCGGACGAGAGUCUACAGCUGCCCUCACUGCAGAAGGGUCUUCACUCACAGACCUGAUUUAGGUAAAAACAUAAUUUUGUCUGAAAUGAUAGAGACACUGAAGCAGAUUGAGCUCCAGGCCGCUGAUCCCGAUCCUGAUGUGUGUGACAUGUGCAUCGGAAGAAAACAUAAAGCCGUCAAGUCCUGUCUGAUGUGUUUGAAGUCUUACUGUCAUGCUCAUUUUGAACAUCAUAAAAUGGUUUACUAGGGUAAAGCACACGAGGUGAUUGAUGCCACUAGACUUCAGGAGAACAUAUGUCGUCAACAUAACAAACAGCUGGACGUCUUCUGUCGUACCGACCAGCAGCUUAUUUGUUCUGUUUGUACAAGAGAUGAGCACAAAAACCACAAUACUGUACCAGCUGUAGCAGAGAGGACAGAGAAACAGAAACAGUUGAAAAUAUCACAGAGAAACUUCCAGAACUAUAUGAUAUUUAGAAAAGGACAUCUUCAGCAACUAAGAGACAAUGUGAAGAGUCAUAAGUGAUCUGCACAGACAGAGAGUCUAGCUGAAAGACGUGCGGAGCAACUGGAGAAAGAGAUUGAUGGUCUGAAGAGAAGAGAUGCUGAACUGAACGAGCUUUUGAACACACAUGAUCACAUCCAGUUCCUGCAGGUGACAGAAAACAAACAAAAGUGAUGUUUCAUUUCAAGCUAUUUUAUUUCUCAGUUAAAGGAAUCAUUCGAAUCAUUAUCCUCAUGUCAUUCCAGAUGUAUAGCUAUUUGACAUUCUUUCUAAAAUGCUCUGAUUUGAACUCCCUUGCAUGCCUCCGUCAAUAAUUUUAACUUCAAAUAUCAUUGGUUCUGUGUCUCGUGCUUAGUUAUCAUAUAAUUUUUUUUAUGACAGGCAGGAACCAAUGAGAUUUGAAGUUAUUUACGUGUCGCCAUAUAUGAAUUUAGCACUCAUUUAUGUGUUUAAUUUUGCUCAGAAUAAUUCAAACACUAACUUGGAUGUUGUUGAAUUAAUGUUAAAUGUUUGUAAUCACGAUGAUGUUACUAUAGAAAAAAGAUCGUAUGAUCUACAGCUCUUUGAGCCCCAAAAGUACAUUUAGUUAUUUGAUGGAUAUGUUGUACUUUAUGUUGUGUGUCUGUAGAGAUUCCAGUCUUUCUCGGGUCCUGACAUACCUGUGGAAAUAUCUGACUUGACUUCACUCUUCUCCGUUGACGAUAUGGGAAAACUGUUAAAAGUACUAGAGUUAAAGUCCAAGACAGUGCCACGACCCAGGCCAUCCUCAGUGGCGUUCCAGCCAAGUGCCUACACACCCGCAACAUCAAAGCCACAGGUCUGGCCCCCAACACCACCAAAGCCAAAACCUAGGCCCUCCUCAAUAGCAUUAAAUAUACAGGCCUCAACAGUACCAAAAUCAUGGGCAAAGUCCAUCACUCAUUCAGAGUCACAGUCCCGGCCCAACAUAGAGUCAGUUUUCCACAGGAAUAGCUUCACAGCAUCAAAGCCAACGUUUGGGACUGUUACAGAAGCAACAGAGUCAAAGUGUAGGACCAUCAUACUGCCACCAGAAUCAUGGCCUGGGACCCCCACAACACCCAAGUCAAGGCCCAGGACCUCCACAGCAUCAGAGUCACGACCCAAGACCUCCACAGCACCAGACUCACAGCUCAGGACCUCCACAGUACCAAAGUUUGGGACUGUCACCUCUAAGACCGAUGUAGCACCUGAGUCAAAGCACUGGCCCAUGAUGCCACCAAAGCCAGAGCCCACAACCUCCACAGUACCCGAGUCACAGCUCAGGACCUCAACAGCACACGAGUCACAGCUCAGAACCUCAAUAGCACCAAAGUUUGGGACUGUCACCUCUAGGACUAGUAUACCACCUAAGUCAAGGCACAGGCCCAUUAUGCCACCAAAGCCAGAGCCCACAACCCCCACAGCACCAGAAUCACAGCACAACCAUGACUUAGUGAAGGAACUGAAAUCCAAGCUCAAUGCCAAAAAACUGUAUGUUCCCUGAUAUGUGCUGAUGCUUUAAUCUUUUUACUUAGUGAUGGAACAUUUCAUAAUCAACUACAUGGGUACCACUUCAUUUUUUAUUUAAGUUGCUACAUUUAUUACUUAUACAAAAAAUGAAUAAGCAACAGCUGUAAAGUGUGAAAUUGUUGAAGAUAUACACCCUAAAUUUGUCCUAAAAAAGUGAUUAUUAGGGCCCACAAAAAUGUCAAACGUAUUAUCUUACAGUAUUAAUCCAUCAGAGCCAUUGAACUGUGGAAAUAUUCUUGAUGUUUUUUCCAAGUUGAAGUGGAUUAGUUUUUUACAGUUCAGUGUGAAAAUCACAUUUGCAUUGAGUAAAACCGAGAGUGAAACUUAGUUUUGCAUCAUCAGGAUGAGAAAUUCUGUUCCUCUCACCACAGAGCAGAUGUUUGAUAUUUCUCUAAUACAAUCAACACAAUAAAACAUAACAUGCUUACAAU